CCCCACUCCCGUCACGGCCUUCUGCACCAGCCCCGAGGAGUCUCUGAGCACGAUUCCCGGCUGGGUACCAGGCAGCUCCUUUCUCGCAGCUGCGGCCUGUUGGGAGAAGAUCUCUGUCUCUAGUUGGCUGAAUACCUACCCCGAGGUUGGCUACCCCACCCUGCCCGUUGAGGACCGAGGAUCGCCAGCAGCCACCAGGCAAGCGAGGGGCGCCUCGUGGAAGAGACGACGGCUGGCUGGCAGGCUCUGGUCCAGCCUGCCCGUGGCCCCGCGGCUCGCAUGCCCCUGUCAUGGCUAGCAGCCCUGGGGGCCGGGCUGUUCCUCCUGCACUUGGGGCAGAAACUUCUGUUCCCUUACUUCUGGGACGAUUUCUGGUUCCUGCUGAAGGUGGUCCGCUUCGGGACGAGGAUGUCCCUGAACAAAUGCAGGGGGGAACUGGUCACCAUGCUGGAUAAGUUCCUGAGCCACGCCGAGAGACAGCCGCAGAAACCUUUCCUCAUUUACGAGGGGCACACCUACACGUACCAGGAGGUGGACAAAAGGAGCAACAGGGUGGCCCACGUCUUCCUGAACCAUUCCUCGCUGAAAAGGGGGGACGUCGUGGCUUUACUGAUGAGCAACGAGCCCGACUUCGUGCACGUGUGGUUUGGCCUGAGCAAGCUGGGCUGCGUGGUGGCCUUCCUCAACUGCAACGUCCGCGCCGGCUCCCUCCUGCACUGCGUUCGCACCUGCGAGCCCGCCGCCCUGGUGGUGGGCGGAGAUUUGCUUGGAAGUGUAGAAGAAAUCCUUCCCAGCCUCCCCAAAGAGGUCACCAUUUGGGGGAUGAAGGAUUCUGUUUCUCAAGGCAUAAUUUCACUCAAGGAAAAACUAAGCACGUCUUCGGACAAACCUGUGCCACGCUGCCUUCAUGCCACCUCAAGCCUCAAGUCUACUUGCCUUUACAUUUUCACCUCUGGAACCACAGGUCUACCAAAAGCAGCUGUAAUUAGUCAGCUGCAGGCUUUGAAGGGAUCUGCUGGACUGUGGGCAUUUGGUUGCACAGCUGAUGACAUUGUGUAUAUAACCCUUCCUCUGUACCACAGCUCAGGAUCUCUCCUGGGAAUUGGUGGCUGCAUUGAGUUGGGUGCCACUUGUGUGUUAAAGAAGAAAUUCUCAGCAAGCCAGUUUUGGAAUGAUUGUAGAAAGUAUAAUGUGACUGUGUUUCAGUACAUCGGAGAACUCUGCCGUUACCUUUGCAAGCAACCUAAGAGAGAAGGAGAACAGAAUCACCAGGUGCGUUUGGCAGUGGGGAAUGGCAUAAGGAGCGAUGUUUGGAGACAAUUUUUAGACAGAUUCGGAAACAUUAAGAUGUGUGAACUUUAUGGAGCUACUGAAGGGAACAUUUGUUUCAUGAACCACACCGGAAAAAUUGGCUCAGUCGGGAGAACCAAUUUCUUCUACAAACUUCUUUUCCCUUUUGAGUUGAUAAAGUAUGAUUUUCAGAAAGAUGAACCAAUGAGAAAUGAGCAGGGCUGGUGUAGCCGUGUGAAAAAAGGAGCACCUGGACUCCUCAUCUCUCGUGUGAACACAAAGAAUCCCUUCUUUGGUUAUGCUGGCUGCUACAAACACACCCAGAACAAAUUACUUGUUGAUGUUUUUAAGAAGGGAGAUGUUUACUUUAACACGGGAGACUUGAUGGUUCAAGAUCAAGAAAAUUUCCUUUAUUUCUGGGACCGUACUGGGGACACUUUCAGGUGGAAAGGAGAAAAUGUGGCAACCACAGAGGUUGCCGACGUCAUCGGGAUGCUGGAUUUUAUUCAGGAAACAAACGUCUAUGGCGUGGCUGUGUCAGGUUAUGAAGGAAAAGUGGGAAUGGCUUCUAUUAUUCUAAAACCAAACAAGUGGCUAGACUUAAAAAAAGUUUAUGAACAAGUUCUAACAUCUCUACCUGCUUAUGCCUGCCCACGAUUUUUAAGAAUUCAGGAAAAAAUGGAAACAACUGGGACAUUCAAACUACAGAAGGCGCAACUGGUGGAAGAAGGAUUUAGUCUGUUGAAAAUUUCUGACCCACUUUACUUUAUGGAUAACUUGAAAAAAUCAUAUGUAUCAUUGACCAAAGAAAUUUAUGAUCAGAUAAUGUCAGGAGAGAUAAAACUUUAGGCCUCCACAUGUAUGGGAUUUUCAUGUAAUUUCACAGGAGUACAGAUGUUCCUUGGUUUAUAGACAAAUGGGGUUUCUUAUUUAUAAACAUAUUAUAAUUGAAAAUACCAUCAGUGAAAAAUGCAUUUGGUGUAGCUGACCUAUCAAACUGUACACGUUGUAGCACAAUGCACUACGAAGUAUGAUUUUUCUCCCUAUGCGUGGGAGCUGAUGUCCAUGGUGGCUGCCCCUCCUCACAAGACAGGAGUGUACUGUGUAUCACAAGCCCAGAAAAAGAUAUCUCAAUUUAAAGAAAAUACAAUCUGUCUUUUUUUUCUGAAGGCAUUUAGGAUUUAAAACAAAUAAAAAACAUUGUAAGACCAACCAUCAUGAAUUUGAAGUCAUGUAACUUAAUUAUUUACUAUAAAAUGGGAUAGGGAAACAACAUCAAUAAUGUGUUGUUAGCUUAUUGAAUUUAAUAAUACUUUAAUUUGCUCCUGUCAAUAUAAGCUUUAGCUGAGUAUUCUUUUCUUUCAUAUUUGUGGAUUCAGUGCAUAAGUAAAUAUUUGUCAUUAAGAUUUUGAAUUAGGGGCUGGAGAGAUGGCUCAGCAGUUAAAAGUGCUUGCUUGCAAAGUUUGACAACCCAAUAGUGAGUCCCCAGUACCCACAUGAAGCCAGAUGUACAAAGUUCAUGUUUGCAAUGGCAGAAUGCCCUGACAUGCCCAUUCUCUCUCUGUCUCUCUGGCUCUCCCUCUCUCUCUCUCUCUCUCUCUCUCUUUCUCAUUUCUCAAAUAAAUAUUUUAAAAGCUUUUUAAUCAUCAGGUAUUUUGAAUAACACAUUAACAGGUUAGUUAUUUUGUUACUUAAAGUAUUUUCUAAUAUGUAAAAUUCUAGUUUUCAAUAAAUGGUUAAAUUUUACUCAAAUAUUUUAAUAUGUUCUGUUCUACAGCUCAAUAAACUAUCAUUAUAAAUAUA